AUGGCGGAAGCGAUUAAAGGAACAGUCUCCAACCUCAUUGGCAAAAUUAGCGGCUCAGCUCAGCAUACUCCCCGCGAACCCUCUGCCGAGGAGAUCCAACAACUGCGAAAGAAGUAUACUGACGCCGGCCAAGGCCAAGUAUUUGCUUUCGUCGAUGAGCUCUCAACUGUCGAAAAGUCUCAACUAUUCCACCAGUUGUCCAAUUUCGACCCAAUUCGCAUUAAUGAGCUAGCCGACAAGGCUCUGAACCCACCCAAGACCGAGGAGACUGCUAUCACCGUCGAGCCCCUGCCCGAGGUAGCGACCGCUUCUAUUCUCGAUUCCGAUCCCACCGAUAUCCAGAAGUGGUAUGAUGCCGGUUUAAAGGAGGUUGCCGAGAACCAUGUUGCCGUCGUGCUCAUGGCCGGUGGCCAAGGUACCCGCCUCGGAAGCUCCGCACCCAAGGGUUGCUUCGAUAUUGGUCUACUGAGUGAGAAGUCUCUGUUCCAGCUCAUGGCUGAGCGUAUUGCCAAGCUUCAGGAGUUGGCGGCCAAGGCUCACGGUGCUGCGAAGGUUGUUAUCCCCUGGUACGUCAUGACCAGCGGACCGACUCGCAAGCCUACCGAGGAGUUCUUUGAGAAGCACAACUACUUCGGCCUGCUUAAGGAGAAUGUCUUUAUUUUCGAGCAAGGUGUUUUGCCUUGCAUCUCCAAUGACGGCAAGAUUCUGCUGGAGAGCAAGGGCAAGGUUGCCGUAGCCCCCGAUGGUAAUGGAGGUAUUUACCUUGCACUCGUUACCUCUGGUGCGCGCGAGGACAUGCACCGCCGCGGUAUUAAGCACAUCCACAGCUAUGGCGUGGACAACUGCCUGGUGAAGGUGGCCGACCCAGUGUUCAUUGGUUUCUCAGCAUCCAAGGAUGUCGACAUCGCUACUAAGGUCGUUCGCAAGCGCAACGCCACCGAGUCCGUCGGUCUGAUUGUGCAGAAGAACGGCAAGCCCGACGUUGUCGAGUACUCUGAGAUCGACAAGGAAACCGCCGAGGCCAAGGACCCCAAGCAGCCAGACGUGCUCAAGUUCCGUGCCGCCAACAUUGUCAACCACUACUACUCAUUCCGCUUCUUCGAGUCUCUUGAGACGUUGAUGCACAAGCUACCUCACCACGUGGCACGCAAGAAGAUCCCCUGCGUCAACCCCGAGAACGGCGAGUCCAUCAAGCCCACCACGCCAAACGGUAUCAAGCUUGAGCAGUUUGUCUUUGAUGUGUUCCCCUUGACCCCUCUGGACAAGUUUGCUAGCAUUGAAGUCCGUCGCGAGGAGGAGUUCUCGCCAUUGAAGAACCCCCGUGGUACUGGCGAGGAUGACCCAGAUACCAGCCGCGCCGACAUUAUGAAGCAGGGCCAGCGAUGGGCCGAAAAAGCUGGUGCCACCGUCGUUACCGAUGGUGAUGCCUUUGGUGUUGAGGUCUCUCCCUUGAUCAGCUAUGGUGGUGAGAAUCUCGAGUUCCUUUCUGGUCGCGAGAUCAAGGCCCCCGCUAUCCUGGAGAGAGAGUAG